AUGGAUGAUAAAAUUCUGCUCCAUGGGACGAUGCACAUUACUGUUAUUGAGAUCGAUGAACUCCACAUUAGUUAUAUACGCAAAGUCAUCAAUAAGAUUGUGGGUUCGAAGCUCUUCACAACAAUAUAUCUAGACGAAGCACGAGUUGGCAGGACUAGGCUCUUGCAAUAUAAAGAUUCAAAUCCACAAUGGAAUGAAUCAUUCCACAUCUAUUCUGCCCAUAAAACAUCCAAUGUGGUAUUCUCCAUCGAAGAAUACGACCCUCUCGAGUCAAUCCUCAUCGGAAAUGCUUAUUUACCGGUCCAACAACUCCAACAAGGUGAAGAAAUUGAUGCAUGGCUAGAAAUCUUGGACAAAGACAAGCAACCCAUAGAAGGACAUUCCAAGAUCAAUGUCAAGAUUCAAUAUUUCGAUGUCACUCAAGAGCGAAACUGGGGCCGAGGUAUCAUAAAUGAGAAAUACCCGGGAGUUCCUUAUACAUUUUUCACGAAAAGAACCGAAUGUAAACUCACCCUUUAUCAAGAUGCCCACAUCCCCGACGGUUUCAUUCCAAAAAUCGCAUUAGCCGGUGGGAAGUAUUACGAGCCACGUCGGUGUUGGGAAGACGUGUUUGAUGCCAUAAUGAAAGCCAAACAUUUGAUUUACAUAACUGGUUGGUCGGUCUUUACCGACAUUACUUUGGUUAGGGAUCCUAAAAGGCCAAAACGGGGAGGUGACAUGACUUUGGGCGAGCUUUUGAAGAAAAAGGCUGAUGAAGGUGUAAGGGUGUUGAUGCUCGUUUGGGAGGAUAGGACUGCUGUGGAUUUUCUGAAAAGAGACGGUUUAAUGGCGACUCAUAGUGAAGAAACCAAAAACUUCUUCCAUAAUACCCAUGUACAUUGCGUCCUAUGCCCACGUAACCCCGAUAAUGGACUAAGCAUCAUCCAAGAAAUCGAGAUCUCAACCAUGUUCACUCAUCAUCAGAAAACCGUGAUAGUUGAUUCUGAAAUGCCAAAUGUGUCUUCUAAUAGACGGAGGAUCGUGAGCUUCGUCGGUGGGAUUGAUCUUUGCGACGGGAGAUACGACACUCCUUUGCAUUCGCUUUUCGGGACGUUGGGGAACGUGAAUCACAACGAUUUCCACCAGCCUAACUUUAAAGGAUCUUCAAUCAAUAAAGGCGGGCCAAGGGAACCAUGGCAUGACAUUCAUUCUCGAAUUGAAGGUCCUGCAGCUUGGGAUGUUCUCUUUAACUUCGAGCAAAGAUGGAUGAAACAAGGGAAUGAUCAGAAUUUGCUUAUUCCACUAAAAGAACUCCAAACCAUAAUAAUUCCUCCUUCUCCGGUUACAUAUCCAAACGAUCAUGAAACUUGGCAUGUUCAAGUUUUCAGAUCGAUCGACGGUGGGGCUGCAUUUGGCUUCCCGACAAAUCCAGAAGAUGCUGCUAAGGCCGGUUUAGUUAGUGGGAAAGACAGUGUCAUAGACAGGAGCAUUCAAGACGCGUAUAUCAAUGCGAUUCGUAGAGCAAAGAAUUUUAUCUACAUCGAGAAUCAAUAUUUCCUCGGGAGCUCAUUCGGAUGGAAUUCAAAUGAUAUCAAUGAUGCUAACGUGGGUGCGCUACACCUUAUACCAAAAGAACUGUCGUUGAAGAUCGUCAGCAAAAUCGAGGCGGGGGAGAGGUUCUCGGUGUACAUAGUGGUGCCAAUGUGGCCUGAAGGGUGUCCCGAAAGUGGGAGUGUUCAAUCAAUAUUGGAUUGGCAGAGUAGAACGAUGAACAUGAUGUACACCGACAUAGCUCAUGCGAUUCAAGCCAAGGGACUUGACGCGAGCCCGAAGGACUACUUAACUUUCUUUUGUCUAGGCAAUAGAGAGACAAAGAAAAAAGACGAGUACAUCCCUUUGGAUUCGCCUGAUCCCGAUACCAACUACAUUAGAGCUCAACAAUCUAGGAGGUUCAUGAUCUAUGUUCAUGCCAAAUUGAUGAUAGUGGACGACGAGUACAUAAUCAUUGGAUCAGCAAACAUAAAUCAAAGAUCAAUGGACGGUGGUAGAGACUCGGAAAUCGCAAUGGGAGGCUACCAACCUUAUCGAUUGGCGACCAAAGAGCCCGCAAGGGGACAAAUUCAUGGUUUUCGGAUGUCAUUGUGGUAUGAACACACGGGCAUGCUAGACGAAACUUAUCUCCAUCCAGAGAAGUUAGAAUGCGUCGAAAAGUUAAGAGAAUUGUCCAUGAAGAACUGGGAGUUAUAUGUGAGUAAUGAAGCGUUGGUUGAUUUGCCUGGACACUUGUUAAGUUACCCAAUUCAAGUGACUAAAAAAGGAGAAGUCUUGGCGUCUUUAGGUCACCAAUAUUUUCCUGAUACAAAUGCCAAAGUUGUUGGUGAAAUAAGUAAUAUUUAUCCUUCAAUUCUCACUACUUAG